GCGGCCCCAGCCCGCCACCGUCGGCCGGCCCCUCUGGGAUGUCCGAGGGACCCAGGCGUCCGGGACGGUGAUCGAGCGAGCCCGAGGAUGGGACGGCGCCCGCAGCUGCGGCUCGUCAAGGCCCUGCUCCUCCUGGGGCUGAACCCCAUCUCCGCCUCCUUCCAGGACCAGCACUGCGAGAGCCUGUCCCUGGCUGGCAAUGUCUCUGGGCUGCAGUGCAAUGCAUCCGUGGACCUCAUUGGUACCUGCUGGCCCCAGAGCCCCGCAGGGCAUUUGGUGGUUCGACCCUGCCCCGCCUAUUUCUUCGGCGUCCGCUACAACACCACAAACAACGGCUACAGGGAGUGCCUGGCCAAUGGCAGCUGGGCUGCCCGCGUGAACUACUCCGAGUGCCAGGAGAUCCUCAGUGGGGAGAAGAAGAGCAAAGUACACUACCAUGUUGCUGUCAUCAUCAACUACCUGGGCCACUGCAUCUCCCUGGUGGCCCUCCUGGUGGCCUUUGUCCUCUUUCUGCGGCUCAGGAGCAUCCGGUGCCUAAGAAACAUCAUCCACUGGAACCUUAUCUCGGCCUUCAUCCUGCGCAAUGCCACGUGGUUUGUGGUCCAGCUCACCAUGAGCCCCGAAGUCCACCAGAGCAAUGUGGGCUGGUGCAGGUUGGUGACAGCCGCCUACAACUACUUUCACGUGACCAACUUCUUCUGGAUGUUCGGGGAGGGCUGCUACCUGCACACGGCCAUUGUGCUCACCUACUCCACCGACCGGCUGCGCAAGUGGAUGUUCAUCUGCAUCGGCUGGGGUGUGCCUUUCCCCAUCAUCGUGGCCUGGGCCAUCGGGAAGCUGUACUAUGACAAUGAGAAGUGCUGGUUUGGCAAAAGGCCUGGGGUGUAUACUGACUACAUCUACCAGGGCCCCAUGAUCUUGGUCCUGCUGAUCAAUUUUAUCUUCCUUUUCAAUAUCGUCCGCAUUCUCAUGACCAAACUCCGGGCGUCCACCACAUCUGAGACCAUUCAGUACAGGAAGGCUGUGAAAGCCACUCUGGUGCUGCUUCCCCUCCUGGGCAUCACGUACAUGCUGUUCUUCGUGAACCCUGGGGAGGACGAGGUCUCCCGGGUCGUCUUCAUCUACUUCAACUCCUUCCUGGAAUCCUUCCAGGGCUUCUUCGUGUCUGUAUUCUACUGUUUCCUCAACAGUGAGGUCCGCUCGGCCAUCCGGAAGAGGUGGCACCGAUGGCAGGACAAGCACUCCAUCCGUGCCCGCGUGGCCCGCGCCAUGUCCAUCCCCACCUCCCCAACCCGGGUCAGCUUCCACAGCAUCAAGCAGUCCACGGCGGUCUGAGCUGGUGGGCCAGCGACUGGAAGAUGGGCUCCAGGCUCGGCCAGCUGCCCUGUCUGUGGAGGGGAGCAGUCCCUUCCCACACUCUGUAUCCCCAGAAGCUGCUGGCACUGACAGCCUGGGCACCCACCCCCCCGAUCCCCGGCUGAGCAGGAGUUCGAGGCCUGUGAGAGCAGCCACCAUCUGGGCCAUGGGAUGAACGGGAAAUAAUCUCCAGGAUUGGUCUGGGUCCAGGGCCUCUGGCUCCCCCCGUGGAGAAGGAAUGAGAAUGGAGUGGAAAUAGCCAGCUGGAAAUCCAAAGCAGCACAUGGGUCCCUCCGAGAUGUGUCUUCUCCCAGAGCACAAGACGGCCAGCCCACUGGAGACCUGGGGCCUGUUCUCAGCCCCUGGGGCGUGGGGGCAAUCGCUGUCCUAGGGGCAUCAUGGGAAACUCCAGUGACAGCAUCACCGUGAUGAUGCCUCCGGGUGUUGGCAACGCUUUCCAAUACCAAUGGGAGCCAAGGCCAGGUUGCUAGAAGCCCCAGGCAAGGUCAUUAGAAAUCAGGUGACAUCAUCAGAUCACAGGACACACCACAAGAAAUCCUCCCAAGCCACCAUGAUUUCAUCUGUGGCACUGCCAUCAGAAAUGCCCUGUCUUGCUGCCUCGCACCCUUGGACCUUUACUCCCCUGCAGGCCACUCAGGCUCCCCCUCCUUAACCACCCACAGUAUCACACCCUGCUUUCUGUCACCUCCUGUUCUUGGUGUCUCCCCCUGUGUGGGAAGAUGGGGGUGGGAGGGAGACGGAGUGUCCUAUGAGCAAGAACCAGGGUGUGCCCCAGACAAAGCCAGGCUCCCUUUCAGGGGUCGGAGAAUACUCAGGGCCCCCCUGCCUGCUGGCUUCAGUGGUCUGGCCUCCGGGGCAGCCUCUCUGCUGGUCACAAGGUGUUUGUGGUCCCCUGGAUGCCCUCUGGGGCAGCAUGAUUAGCUAAUCGAAGGUAGGAGGAGGGGCAGGGCACUUGACCCCUCUCUGCCUGAGUGUCCUGGAGCAGGACAGCUGGCUCUUGGGGCAACCAGCCAGCACCCCCUGGAAACUCCUGUGGCCGGAAGUACUGGGCCAGUGGAGCCGGGCUUUCAGAGAAAAGGGUGUCAGCUCUGGUGGGGAGGCUGCUGUAAAUAACCAGCAUCUGUGAAGGCCUGGACUGUGCAGGGCUGGGUGGGGAGCACACAGAGAAACGGAGGCCGCUUUUCAGUCUUUGGGGCCUGCGUGUGGCUGGGAAACCUGACACCACCCACACCCAUCCAGAUGGGGUGCGAGGUGAGCAACUGGGGGCAUGGGUCUGCAGACCCAGCUGACAAAGACGGCUCUUAUAGAAGGGGGGAGUCACGGGGAGAGAAGGGCCACGUGUGAACAGUGCUGGCCAAGGACACUUUGGAUGGAGCGGGGGGGCUAUGGGGACAGCUUGAGCCAAGGUGUGGCAAUGGGACCGACAGGAAUGUGUCCCAGCCCCAAGGGAGGGGUGGAGCUGGAAGCAGGAGGUAGAGUUAGGGAGGCCUUGACACUGCCUCGGCUUGAGAUCCCCAGAAACAGACCCAGAGACAAGGUUUCCAGAACCGAUUCAGGGAAAGGGAGCACAGGAAGCGGGUGGGGGCACGAGGCCAGGAAAGGGAGGCAGCAGAGUGGCGGAUGCCCACCCCACAGCCACGGCGGGAGACAGCUGGAGCAUAAUCCUACUGCAGAGGCUUGGGGAGCUGGAGUGGGGCCCACCCUGCCUUCAGCCCACCCCAGGGGACACAAGGGAGGAAGGCUGCUCCCGGGUGCACUUCCCCCCGCCACACGGGCCACAAGACCAGGAGAGAAGGUCCGGGCACAGCAGCGUGCUGUGGAAGGCAGCCCGCACCAGCUCCCGGGGCAGGAGAGAGGGUGGGACACAGAAACUCCACCCUGGCACCCAGGGACAGGGCAGCCUGGCUCUCACUCCUGGGUCUCGGACCAGGGACACAGGGAGGGGACCAGAUGCACCAGGACAGAGAUGGGCUGACAGCCUCCGGAACAAGUGGGGAGUGAGGGCGAAGUCCCAGAGAGGGACGUGUCAAACCGGAGGGACCAGAAGUGCCCAGGAUCGAGGCAUCUUUCCCAACUCUGCCUUUCACCCAGUGAAGAAGUGAGAAAGCAAAACUUCUCCUGCACAAGCUGGACUGUGGGGGCAGGGGCUCCCCAAGGAUGGAAGAGCCUGGGAGGAGCGGGGGACAUUGGAAGGAGGUUGCAUGGCGAAGAGGUCCCGGGGGGCCGAGCUGGGGCUCUGCCCCUUUCCUGCUGGUGCCUCCUGGGCCCCCUCCAAGCACCUGCUGUGCAUUCAGCCCUGCCAGGCUCAGCACAAGGGGCAGAGAUGAGCAGCACUCCCAAGACGAGGACCAGCAGCCAACUGCGAAGCCAUCAGCUCUGGAAGGACGUCAGAGGCCACCUCCAAGGCGAGGCUGACAGUCAUCAGAGAAGCUGCUCGGGGGCCCUGGGCAGGCACGAGCUGGUCCCAGUGAGCCUCAGGAUGCUUCCCAUUCAGAGACAGAAGGGAGAAGGGGCUGCUUCAGGAACAUCCAGGUCCCAAAGAACUGUAUCUCCUCUGCCACAGGCAGGAGCUCAGAGUUUAACCCUUCCACAGCCCAUGGCUCAGGGACCAGGGUGAAGAUAGGCCCCCAGAUGGGGUUUCUGAGGGUCACUGUGCCCUGAGUUUCAGUUUAUGGACUGGGUGGGAAGAAGUCCUUUCGGAGUGAGUGGGGGUGUGAUGAUCGGACGGAUACACAUGUCACUACACUGGGGCAGCUGCAGGGUGUUGGGGGGGUUCACUGCAGGACCAGCCCCUCCCUCAAGCCUGGGAGAGCUCUUCUCCACGUCGCACCCAGAGGCUGCAGUCUCUGGAGUACCCCAUCUGAGCCCAUUUCUCCCUGGGACCCUCCUUCAGGGGCACAGAUGGAGGAAAAACUGCCCUGUGGGGUUUUGGUUUUCCAGUUCAGGCCCCUCCAUCUCUGAGUGUGACAACAUGGCCCCUGCCCUGGGUCCUCAGUUUCCCCUCCAGGCCUCCUCAGUCCUGCUGCCACUACUGGGUCAGAUGCCCUGGGAUAGGACUGGGGAGGGAGUCAGAUGUGGGAAAAACACGUGCUAGGGAGGGAGGGAGGUUUUAGAAUCCAGAUAAUAAUACCUUAAUUGUGGGAAUUUGUAAACUGCUUUGCAAUCAGCCAAAUCCUUUUUAGCAUUUAUUAUCUAAUCCUCAAGUAACUCAUGGAGGCAGGAACCAUCCCAUUUUACAGCCAAAGAAACUGAGGCCUGGGGAUCCCACUGAGAUCAAAGUCUCGGGGCUCUUUCCGCCCCCUCAGUGGGCUGCAGGCACUGGGCUGGGGUUUCAGGAGGCCAGGACAGAUAGAGCAGCUCUGGGGGGAGGGGGCAGCAGGAGGCCUCAACCAGGCCUUGUCUGGUUGGGGACAAGUCCCAGGUGAAGAUAGGACCAGCCCCAAAUGGCAAGGCCAGUGUCCAGUUGCUGAGCUCAGCUGGGUGGAAGCAGUGAGGGUUCUCUGUACGUCCAUCCUGAUUCCCAGCAUGCACUCCCCUCCUCUCCAACAUCCUCCACCCCUCCACCCCUUAAAAGGAUACUUAACUGCAAACAGUGCAGCCCAGGGCACCAGAAGCUUCUGUGGGUCUCCCUGCACCCACCCAGGCUCUGCUCAGCCCAGGCAGGGGGGUCAUCAGCCCCCAGCUCAAGGGUCGCUCAGGAUCAUCUCACGGAGCCCCUUGACUUCAAACUCAACUGCCCACCCUCAGUCCAAAGAGAAACGGGAGCUGGUCUCUGCAUUUCAACACCAGCAAUACUAUCAUUGAUUGAGUGCUUACUAGGUGCCAGGCACAGUCAAGCCCCUCACCUACUCUUCAUACCACCCUGUGAGGCAGGGGCUGUUAUCCCCACUUAACAGAUGGGGAAAGGGAGGCACAGAGAGGGUACAAGGCCUGCCCCAGGGUACCCAGCAGUGGCAUGGCUGGAUGUGAGCCCAGGCUGGCCUCACUCAGCCUCUACCGUGUUUAACCCUAUGCAGCAGUUCUGCCCCACAGGUCCCUCCAACACCCUCCCUAGAGAAAUUCCUCAGUUUCCCUAGUUUGUGGACUAACAGCAUGCAGACACAAAGCUGGUUGUAGAAGUUGGCCCCUACAAAGCGUGGGUGUCAGGGAGCCCACUCCUGAGCCCGGCCCAGCCUCCGAGUGUCCCAGCCCUGUUGCUGUUUCAUGCCAGAGCACUGCCUGCUAUCCCUACCUUGUACAGCCCGCCAACCCCUGCAGAUCCAGCUGGUCAGGCUCGGGCUCAAGACAGGACUGCACCACAUAUAUUUUUCAAAGCUCUAUGUGUGUUGGAAACAUCAAUGAGAUCAUUGUUUGGAGAUAACUCCAGGGACCAUCUUCAGCCACCAGACUGCCACCCACUCCCAGUGCCCCUCCGAGGGGUCCCGGACAGAUGCCUGCUGCCCAGCCUCAUUGCCCACUGGGCCAAGGCAGGUGGGGGCAGAAGCAGGGGCGGGGGCCGUGUGCUCAGUAUACCAAGAGGAGACUGGGAGAGUGGAGCGGGAGCCCAGCAGGGGCAGGAGACGACGUGGAGGUAGACCUGCAGGACGUCCUGCCUCUCGCCUUCAUUACUGGGGUAGUCGGGCAGGGAGCAGAUGGGGAUCCAGUCCCUUCUCAGUGUCUGUACCAUCUCUAGAACAUGCAUCUAGGACAGCACUGGGCCAGGAAGUGAGGGCAGUGAGUGGGCCAGGUAAGCUGGGCGCCUUCCCCACCCUUCCUGAGCAGCCACACUGGGCUAAGGCCUGCUCUGCAAAGUCAGCUGUCCUUGCUGCCCUGAGUGGAUAAAGAUAAAUGCUCCAGGUGUUCCCCCAAACAGAAGGCAGAGACAUCACCUCUAGCCAGCAUCAGCCACUUGAGUGACCAUGCCUUCCAUGGCAUUGUGCGGGGCGCCCCCUGCAAACAGCCAGAGAGAAGAGCAGCUCCAGGGCCUUGGUGGGAGGGUUGGGAGGAUCUGGGGAAGCAGGGAUUGGAUAGACACCCAAAAGCAUUCAGUGAGCCAGGUCCCAGGAAAAGCCUCAGAGGGAGUGAGCCUAAAGAGAAUUCUUUGAACAGGACACCAGGAAUCCAAAGGUAGAUCAGGGAGGAAGGGCGGGCACCCCCAAAUAGGGGCAUAGAGUGGUCUAGUUCCAGAACUUUUUCAUCACCCUAAUGGAAACCCCAUUCCCAUUAAGCAGUCACUCCCCAUCCCACCUUCCUAGCCUCCAGCCACCAGGGACCUGCUUUCUCUCUCUGUAGCUUGCCUGAGUCUGGAUAUUUCCUAAAAGUAGAACCAUACAAUAUCUGUCCUCUUGUGUCCGGUCGUUUUCAAGAUUCAUCCACAUCAUAGCAGGUGUCAGAACUUCAUUUCUUCUUAUGGCUGAAUGACAUUCUGUUGUAUAGAGCCCACACUACCCAUUCAUCCACUGAAGGCGCUCGGGUUCUUUCCACCUAGUCCAUGUUAUUGUGAAUAGUGCUGCUAUGAACAUUCACAUACAAGUUUUUUUUUUUUUUUGAACACCUGUUUUCGAUCCUUUUGUUAUAUACCCUGGGGGUGGAAUUGCUGGGUCAUACGUUUCACUUAUGGAGGACCCACCAAAUGGCUUUCUACGGGCAGUUGCACCAUUCCACAUGCCCACCAGCAAUGUAGGAGAGUUCCAAUUUCUCCACAUUUUCACCAGAACUUGUUACUAGCAAUGUUUUCAACAACAGCCACCUCAGUGGGUGUGCUGGUCAGUUUUUAAGAGAUCCAAGACUCCCUGUGUUGGGAGAGCGGGGCCCGGAGCGAGGGUCUAAGCUGAACAUCAGCGGGGAUCCAGACAGUUUUCUUAUCACAGCACUCAGGGAGGGGCUGGCCAGCUGCCCUGCCGUGCUCGGAUCUAGGUGCCGGAAUGCAGAGAGGUCUUGCUUCCGUGGGAGCCCACGGGAGGAGCGGUGGGCAGCCUUCCCCAGUCCCCAGGCCCUGCCAUGUGUCCCCGCACCAGCUGGGGGUACGCUUACCAGUCUGCUGGCUCUGUUCCCUAAUGUAUUUUUGGCAGUUACCUUGUCAUUGCAAUUACUGUUUGUAAUUGAAUUAAAUGUUAUAGCCAUGGAUGAAACAGAAUUGCACAAACAAGGAGAAAUGUUGUCUCUUCCGAAAACUCAGUUGAAAGACACAAUCUGAGUCACACAAACAAUUAGCUGUCAACUCAGGUGCGGAUGAGACAAAUGGAAAUAUCUGGGUGGGAAGAGAUUGGCAGAGUCCACGUGGUUCUAGUUGCCAACCACUUUGCAAGGUCCUUGAAGCUGGCCCUCCACUCCCCCCGCCCCCAAAGAACCCAAAGCUUGGUGUUACGGAUGGUGUCUCAUCAGUGUGAAGUUUACAAGGAAGGUGACUUGGAACUCCAGGGGAUGGACCCGUAAUCAAAGCAGAUGCCUUAAGGAGAUCAGUGACUGGAUGCUCUGUGAAAGU